AUCCAGAAAUCCCAUGCAGUGAUUGAGAUAACGCCAACUCUUAAUCGGUUGAGGCUUAUUGGAAGGUUUACCUUGACUGAUGACCUUGCAGAAAUAAAACAUGUAGCAGGCAAUAUUAUCGACAAUAACCUUUGGAUAGCAAUGGCGUCCGAUAACCACUUAGUUUCGAUAACUGUCGUCGAUCUAGUCUCGGAAGUUGCCAAAAAUCUUCAGGUGAUUGUAACCGAUGGAUCGGUAGGAGGACUCCAUAUGUUCAAAACGGGUGGCCACUUGUUCUUGGCAGUGGGGCAAAUGAUAUAAAUUGUCAAGAGGACGAAGAGAUAAACUCUAGAAUUUACCAAUUGGUGGGCCAAUACUUCGACCAGCAAGACAGCCUUGCCCUCCAAACGAAGAAUGUUAGUGAUAUUACAGGAUUUGCUUAUAAGAAUCGCUACUACCUUGUCUUUGCCAUGACUCAUUCGGAGGGUUCCCAAGUGUAUAGAUUCGACGCCGAACUGGGAACUCUUACUUUGGUCCAGCAGUUGACAGACCUUGAUGUUUACAGUGUUCAUUAUUUUCAUGAAAGCAAGAAAAUAGACACUACAUAAUUAUGAACAAUGGUUUAGAACCCAAACUCUACAGAUGGUCAAACGAACAGCUGCUCUUGUGGCAAGAGCUAAAUAAGGGCACUGGUGUCGACCCAGUAGGUAGUAUACAGACCUUCACAUUUUCAUCGCUAGAAUCCAUCAUUAUGGUUGCCUAUGGUAGUAAAGUCAUGUUCUAUGCUGAUGAUGUAUCUGCACACUUCAAUUCUAAUUUUGUCAUGCAUACAAACUGCAACAAGAUUGGUGACCUUGCUAUGGUGAAAAUAAUGAAUGAUUAUGUCGUAACAUAUGUCUGUCUGGAAAGCAAUGGUAAAACUGAACUGAAGACCAGACGUGUGAUCAUGGAUUACAUAGAUUUGGAAAAGCCUACGGAUGAAACGGAUACUCUCCUGCAAUGCCUUGAUAGUCUGAAACUAAACUAGAUUCUAGGAAGUCUACUAUUGAUCACUUGGGUCAAGUUCUUACAACCGACCUCUUAAUGACGGUUGACAACUCGCAGACGUGGCAUGGCCCACUAACCUUUACUGAACUGAUGGUAAAUGGUACAGCAACUGUACAACAAACAAUGAAUGUAGUAGGUGAUGGUACUGCGCAAGCACAUGACGAAACGUACAACUUGUUCCUAUCUAAGUCUGCAACUCUAGAGCAUGGUGUGGACACUGUAAACUCUGGAAUGGACAACAUUCUCUACCAUUCGAAGGAUCAAACUAUCAAGGGAUCUAUAGUAGCAAGUCCAUUAACUGUGGACAGCUUCGAAUCCAGCUCGACAAAGCUUACAGAG